AUGUCCUUACUUACAUGUAAUUCAAAGUCGUUGGAUGAGACAGAGUACCCGGAUGCUGCAAACGAUGAAGAUGCGAUUUUCAACGGUAUCUCGCGAGAGAUGUACAAACCUCUCCAGCUUGUUGAGAAGAUUUGUCAGGAGAGAGACUUAUUACGUGAUUGGCAUCAGGACAUAGUGAAGGCUCCUGCUUCAUUUGAUGUUUUCCUAAACAAUCAUAGCCUUAAUCGCUUUCCAAAUGUACUCUGUUUGGAUCGAUCUCGUGUGAAAAUAACCGAAGAAUAUGGUACAGGAAACUACUGUCAUGCUAGUUAUGUCGACUCCUACUACAAAAAAAAAGGUUAUGUGCUUACGCAAGCACCAUUCUCUGCGGCAACAGAAGAGGUGUUCUGGAGAAUGGUAAUCGACGUUAAACCAAAAAUCGUACUUAUACUUGGUUCUCUUCAGAGCACUAACGGCCCGAGUAUGAAAUGUUUUUGGCCCGAAGGAGGUGAAAAAACGUAUGCAAAUUAUGUUGGAAUAACUGUUAUUCGAGCUGAAAAGGGACAAGGAAUUGAGGCGAUGGAACUACAAGUAUCUGCUCGAAAUAAGGAACUGCUUCGUCUGCAUCUUAUUCUUUUCAAAGCAUGGAAGGAUGACAUUCUUCUACCAGAUUUAUCAGGGUUUAGAAGAACUGUGAGAGGAAUCGAAAAGAUGUCAUACAAUAAAGACGGACCAACAGUACUAGUUUGCGCCAGCGGAGUGACACGGUGUGGAACUUACGCAGCCAUUGAUAUUCUAUUAAAUAGAAUAGCCAAGGAGCAAAAGGUGGGAGUGCAGCAAACAAUUGAGGCAAUACUGGCUCAGAGAUAUGGUUGCUUCCAGUUUAUCGAACAUUACAAAGCUAUACAUGAUAUAGUACAGAGUUUCUGUAUGGCAACGUCAUCGAACCUCUCAGAUCUCGUACCCACAAGAACUCAAAAGUCGGCAUCCACCGCCGAGAGGUCUCAAUGA